UCCGGCUUUCUUGCUGGUGUCGGCUCGGAGAGAUCCAAAAAUUGUGACGAUUUCCCCACAUUGGCUUCAUCCAUCCACGAACCCCCUUUUGUAAAUUGUUGUUAAUCAGGAGGAAUUGCUUAUCAAUGUGAAGUUUGAAAUUUAUUAGCUAGCAUUAUAAGAGAGCAAGGCUGAGAAGCUCAAAUUUUUAUGGAAGAAGGAAAGAGCAGAAGAGAAUUUUCUUUAAUAAUUCUGGGAAAAAAUCUGGCUUAUCAGGGCUCUGCAGUUCUCCAAAAGAGAAAUCUUGCAAAGGACUGACCAGUUCUUGCAUUUCGAAACCAUGGCCCAUACCCUGCUUGUUCACUCCAUUCCUGAGUGCAACCCCUGUGUGGCCCUGCAUGACGUGUGGUGUUCUCCUCCCCUGGGCUGGUUCAGUGACAUUCAGGGACGUGGCCAUAGACUUCUCACAGGAAGAAUGGGAAUUCCUGGACUCAGCUCAGAGAGACUUAUAUAGGGAUGUGAUGUGGGAGAAUUAUAGCAAUUUCAUCUCACUAGCAGAACCUUCCAUUUCUAAACCAGAUGUGAUUACCUUAUUGGAUGAAGGGAAAGAGCCCUGGAUGGUCGUGAGGGAAGGGACCAGAAGACACUACUCUGAUUUGCAGUCCAGAUAUAGGACCAAUACUUUAUCUCCACAAAAGGACAUUUAUGAAAUAUAUUCAUUCCAGUGGGAGAUAAUGGAAAGAAUUAAAAGCUGUAGUCUUCAGGACUCCAUUUUUAGAAAUGAUUGGGAAUGCAAAGGCAAGAUUGAGGGACAAAAGGAACCACAAGAGGGAUAUUUUGGGCAAGUGAAAAUUACUUCUGAAAAAAUGACCACUUACAAAAAGCAUAAUUUUCUUGCUGAAUAUCAGAGAGUCCAUAAUGGAGAAAAGUUGUAUGAAUGUAAGGAAUGUAGGAAGACCUUUAUUCGUCGCUCAACACUUAGUCAACACCUGAGAAUUCAUACUGGUGAGAAACCUUAUAAAUGUAAGGAAUGUGGGCAGGCAUUUAGACAGCGUGCGCACCUUAUUCGACAUCACAAACUUCAUACCGGUGAGAAGCCCUAUGAAUGUAAGGAAUGUGGGAAGGCCUUUACAGUGCUCCAAGAACUUACUCAACAUCAGAGACUUCAUACUGGUGAGAAGCCCUAUGAAUGUAAGGAGUGUGGAAAGGCCUUCAGGGUGCAUCAGCAACUUGCUCGACAUCAGAGAAUUCACACUGGUGAGAAACCCUAUGAAUGUAAGGCAUGUGGGAAGACCUUUAGGCAGUGUACACACCUUACUCGACAUCAGAGACUUCAUACUGCUGAGAAGCUCUAUGAAUGUAAGGAAUGUGGGAAAGCCUUUGUAUGUGGUCCAGACCUUAGAGUACAUCAGAAAAUUCAUUUUGGUGAGAAACCUUAUGAAUGUAAGGAAUGUGGAAAGGCUUUUAGAAUAUGCCAACAACUUACUGUCCAUCAGAGUAUUCAUACUGGUGAGAAACCCUAUGAAUGUAAGGAAUGCGGGAAGACUUUUAGACUAAGGCAGCAACUUGUUCGCCAUCAGAGAAUCCAUACUCGUGAGAAACCCUAUGAAUGUAUGGAAUGCUGGAAGACCUUUAGUAGUUACUCACAACUUAUUUCACAUCAGAGCAUUCAUAUUGGUGAGAGACCUUAUGAAUGUGAAGAAUGUGGGAAGGCUUUUAGAUUGCUCUCACAACUUACCCAACAUCAGAGUAUUCAUACUGGUGAGAAACCUUAUGAAUGUAAGGAAUGCAGAAAACCUUUUAGACUGCUGUCACAACUUACUCAGCAUCAGAGUAUUCAUACUGGUGAGAAACCUUAUGAAUGUAAGGAAUGUGGUAAGGCUUUCAGACUUUAUUCAUUCCUUACUCAGCACCAGAGAAUUCAUACUGGAGAGAAACCCUACAAAUGUAAGGAAUGUAAGAAGGCCUUUAGACAACAUUCACACCUUACUCAACAUCAGAAAAUUCAUAAUGGGGUUUAAUAUGAGAAAGCCUUCAAUUGUACAUUAUGUUACAGAAUAUCUGAAAAUUCAUUUUUGAGAAAUUUGCUUCAUGCUUCAACUAAGCAUAAGAAAUUUUAUAUUAUUGAAAAAAAUAUGUUGCUUUAAAAGCCAUCUAUCACCAUUCAAACAUUGUUUAUCUUUAGCAAAUUUGUAUGAGGGAAUAAUAUAAUGAAUGUAGGGAAAUCUUUAGCCUUACCUAUCAUUAUCCGCAUUUCACUCCUUUAUUACCAGUGUGUUAUUGGACAAGGUACUUAAACUUCUGUGCCUCAUUUUGCUCACUUGUAAAAUGGUGAUAAUAGUACCUAUGUAUAUUAGUUAUUUAUUGCUGUGUAAUUACCACAAACUUAGUAGCUUAAAAUAAUAUACAUUAUCUCACAAUUUCUAUGGGUCAGGUGUCUGGGCAUAACUUUGUUGGGUCUUCUGCUUCAGGGUCUCUCACAGAGCUAAACUAAAGGUUUCGGCCAGGGUUCGGUCUCAUCUGAAGGCUCAACAGGGGAAGGGAUCCAUAUCCAACCUCACAUGGUUGUUGGCUCUCGCACUGAGGUCCACAGUUUCUAGCUGGCUGACGGCUGACCUUAGUUCCGUGCCACAUGGGCUUCUUCAGCAUGACUGAUUAUUAAGUGUGCAAGCCAAGAGUGCAGUAGAAUCUACUAGCGUCAUAGAAGCUAUAAUCUUGUGUGGUCUAAUCACCAAAGUAACACCUUUUAGUCACUUUUGCUGUAUUCUACUGGUUAGAAGCAAGUUACUGGGUCACCCCACACUCAAGGGUAGAGGAUUACACAAGAGUAUGAAUACCAGGCUGUAGGGACCAUUUCAGAGUCAGCCUGCCACACUGUGUAAUAGGAUUGUCUUAAGGAUUAAGUAGUUAAUGUUUGGAAAAAUAGCAGCCACAUAGCAUGUUUUCUGUAAAUAUUAUCUACAAUUGUUAUCAUUAGUGUUAGUGAAUUCAUAUGAAAGGAAUUUACUCUAGAAGUAGUAAAUGUAGAAAUGCCUCAUGUCACUGCUCAGCACUUACUAAACUUAAGAUAAUUUAUUCCAGAUAAAAUCUAAGAGGUUAUAUUGAAUGUGGGAAGUUCUUCAUCAUUUGAGCUGCAUCAAUCAUUUCAUGCUGAAAAGAAACCUUACAAAUGUCAUGAAUGUGAGGUUAAGAGUACAACUGUUGAAGAAUCAGAAAAAUACGAAAUUAUUUUCCCAUAAUAAAUUCCAAAGAGUAAAUGUUUUGCAAUCCCUGUUGUCUGGCCACUGUUAAAGCUUAAUUAGAAACAUCAAAAAGAUGACAGAAAGGAAACCAGUUGGAAAUUUAAUAAUGUGCGCGCAUGUGUGUGCGUAUACAUGUAUGUAAAACUCAUAUAAAAGAAAGAUCAUCAUUCCAUUACAGGCAGUGUAUGGUUUGAUGUUCAAAUUGCCCCAUCUUCAACCAGUGGGAGUUGGGUCUUCUGACAUGACCCCACUAGUAGUUUGAUAGUUUACUUGGUUACAGCUGCACAGUUUGGUCAGCAAUGGAAGAUGCUUGGGCACCAACUCAUCCUGAAAAUUGGUAAGGGGAAAAACAAGCAUUUAUUUUGCUUUUUCCAUGUGAACCAAGUUUCAGGGCCACCAAAAGCUGCUCAGAUUAAAAGGUUUUUGUUUUGUUUUGUUUUUAAGAAAUCCGUAAAUACAGAAAGAAUGAUAGGAUUAGAAAAAUCACCAUUUUCUAGUUCCCUAAUGGAAUAAUGGGUCCAGAAAAUGAUCUUCAGUCGAUAUUAAAACUAUUGGGUGGGGCGCCUGGGUGGCUCAGUCGGUUGAGCGACUGCCUUCGGCUCAGGUCAUGAUCCUGGAGUCCCGGGAUCGAGUCCCACAUUGGGCUCCCUACUCGGCGGGGAGCCUGCUUCUCCCUCUGACCCUCCUCCCUCUCAUGAGCUCUCUCUCUCUCUCAUUCUGUCUCAAAAAAAAAAAAAAAAAAAACUAUUGGGUGAAAUAUUUUAUAGUGAGAACUUUACAGUGGAUUUAUCAAGCUGACCACCUCUGAGCCCUUUGAUCAAUUUUAAUCUCUAUAAAAGUGGGACUAUCAGACAAUAUCUACAUCCUGAUAAAAUGCAAUACAAAAUACAAACCACUGCCUACAAAGCCUUAUUGCCAAAACAGUGAACUGAAGGAAGCAAACCUUUGAAUCAAACUCUUUAAAAACAACAAUUUGGGGAAUAGAUGAAAAAAGUAAAUGGCACCACAAGGAAGUAGCCAAGCAGAUCCAGAAUGCGUAAAAUUCUAAGAAACAAAUGACCCUGAUUUCUUCAACUAAUGAGUGGCAUGAAAAAGAAAAGGGGAAGGGCAACAAUUAACAGAUUAAAAGAGACUUAAGAGACCCAUCAACUAAAUUCAGUACGUGGGCAUUGCUUGGACCUAGUUUGAACAAAACGUAAAAAGAUAUUUUGGAGACAGUGGACAUGCACUGAGUAUUAGAUGAUAUUUAGAAAUAUUUUGUUAGGGAUGAUAAUGUCAACGUGGUUAUUAAAAGAUAAAAGGUUCUGUGUGUUAGAGAUACAUACUUAUAUAUUUAAGAAAUGGUAAGAUAUAAAAUUUGCAUUAGAAUACUCCAGCAAAGGAAAAAGAAUUGGCAAAGAGAGCUGGGAAGUAGGUUGGUAAAAUGUUGGUAAUUACUGACAUGGAGUGGUUUGCUUUGGGGGGUUCGUUCUAAUAUUUCUACUUUUUUAUGUGUUUGAAAGUUUCAGUAAUAAAAUGUUUAAAAUCAAAACUGAAAUUUAUAGACUACUUAGAAAUGAUUGUUAAUGAGAUGUGUGCAUCUAAACAUGUUAGAUGUCACCAAAGUUCUGUUCAGUGAGAAAUUCAUCCCCUUUAAUGCAUUAUAAGGAAGUUUUAUUUGUGGACCCAGUCUUCAUCAUCUUCACCUUAUCCAUAGCAGUCAACACAGAGCCUGUCACCUAAAUAAAUGUGUUAAGGGAGUGAAUACUUACGUCAAGAAACCAGAAACAGAACAGAAUAAAACCUACAAAAGAGAAGCAAAGAAAAUAGAAAUUAAGGACUAGACAGUAUAUUUAAUCCAGUACUAAUGAUAAGAUUUUGGAAGAUCCAGUCAAGAAAAAGAAAAUGAAAGAUAAUGCCUUUAGAAUAUUGACCGUGAUAAAGGUGACAUAGCUACAGAUUAUCCAGAAAAUUUUGUUUUAAUUACAACACAAUACUAUAUAUAUGUGCUAUAUGUAUUCUAAUACCUAAAAUAUAGGUACCUUUUUUUUCUGUAGGAAGGUUAUGAAAAUUGACUCAAAUAGACCAACAAGCAAAUGUGUAUGUAUAUAUGAACUCCCUGCUUAAGAAAAAGUCUGAUAGUUGUGCAGGUAAAAGCUUUAAGAAAUAGAUAAUCCUUCACAAAAUUCUACCAGUUAAUUCUGCACAGCUAAAAUAAUCCUGAUACAAACCUGAAUGAAGAUGGCUCCUAAAAAGCAAAAUCUAGACCAGCUUCAUUUAUGAAGAUUCUAUUCAUCUUAAUUCUAUUUAGAAUUAAUUACAAAAUCAGUCUUCACUAAUAGAUCCAUGUGUUUGCCUUUCCCAAGUUUCAGAUAUCUCCAGGAGAGCUGUGUUUAACAGAGUGUAAGACCUUAACCCAGCGUUCUCCACAAACUUGUUUUGGGAUUUUCUAGUCCUUGAUGAUAUUUGGGAAAAGAUUUCUUAGGAAAAUGUGUAAGUGCAGCAAAGCAUUUGCUUGUGGGGAAAUCCAAGUACACAUCAUCAGCUUGUCAAAAGAUACAGUAAAGAGAUUUUUAUUUAACACAGUGUAUCUCAAACUUACUUCACUGUGGAAUUCUCAUUCCCAGUAUCUUCGUACCAUCUUUAGAAUGUGAACCACUUUGUUAGAUGCUUCUAUUACCACAAUGAAUGUCUUUAAGACCAUCAUUUCAGACAUUACGGUGAGUGAUUGUGUUGGCAGGGGAUGAGGAAAGGGCACUUUUCUUUGUAACUCACGUCAUAUUCUGAAAGCUUCCUGCUUGAAUCUUGAGGGCUAGUGCUUUUCUAUAGAAUGUAAAAGAUUCUAGCUUGGUCCUUGAUAUGUAUAUAUUAAACAUGCUUAAAUAUUCUGUUAAAUAGUGAUUAGGACAUAAAUGAUUUUUCAUUGUAAUAAAAAUGCUAUAUUAAAUAUCA